CAUAUGCCCUGACUGGGAAUCGAACCCGUGACCUCCAGGUUCAUAGGUCGACGCUCAACCACUGAGCCACACAAGCCAGGCUCACAUUUCUCUCAGGGCCACCCACAGCAGGUCUGGGCUCUGGUGGGGGAAAUCUGAAGGGUGCCCUAGCUCUUGACAGACAUCCUAGGCAGCUGGAGCCACCCUCCGCUUCACCUGGCUCCCUCUGCUGGGCUCCCUUUCCCCUUUCAGAGGCGUGAUUUGAAAAUGAGUAAAAUAUGGUAUGUUAGAACGUCAUAAGUGCCAAGGAGAAAGAUAAAGCAGCUAAGUGGGACAGGGAGAAGGCUGCAGUUUUAGACGGGGUGCCAGGAAAGGCCCCACUGAGAAGGGAAGACUGAAGGAAGGACCCACAGGAGGUGCGGAAUCCGCUGUCAACUCUCUGGGGGAAGAGCAUUCAUUCCCUGAGGCAAGAUAAGCCGGUUUUCCUUAUGGUAACCGCGGCACCUGGCUGAUGAGCAGGGCGUUGAGGCCACCGAGUGAGGCCGGGGCGCAGACCUGGGAAGCGGAGGACGAUGACAUGGCAGAAGGCGACUUAGGGUACGGCCUCGGGAGAAGGCCGGGCGGUAUUUAUGAAGUGCCAGUUUCACACUUGGUCACAUCUAGAAGAAGAUCAGAUGAGACGAACUGUAGCCCUCCCCUGUCUCCCAGGAAGGGGGAAGAAAGAAGUGGUGCUGUUUGUCGGCGUCCCAGGCCUCAAGGCACAUACCAUGAAGGGCCCAGGACCCCCCAUCACAGACGACACAGUAGCACUGAUUCUAAUUCGGAAUUGCCAAAUGUAGAGUUAAAGCAACGUCUUGAUGAAGCAUUAGAGGAGGUAGAAAAUUUAAAAACUGAACUGGAGGCCUCUCAAAGACAACUGGAAGGUAAAGAGGCAGCACUGAAAAUUCUUCAAAGCAUGGCAAUAUUUGGCAAAGCCACAAGUCAUACCCAGGCAAUAUUUCAAAAAACUGUGGACGAAAAGAGAUCCUUGGAGAAGGAAAUAAAUUCCUUGCAGUGGAAAAUAGAAUUUGAUCAGAAUAGAAUAAAAAAUAUAGAGGAAACUUGGACCCAAAAAUAUGACAGGCUAAACUGUGAAAAUGCAGUCCUCAAAGAGACUUUGAAACUAAAAACAGAAGAAAUUAAAAUGCUGAAGUCUGAAAAUGCAAGCUUGAAUCAACAGUAUUUGGAAGCCCUUGCUAUGCUUGAAAUCAAACAGCAGAAGAUGGUUCAGGAAAACAUGUGCGAUGCUAAAAGUGACUUUACAGCGUUUUCAGGCCUUGAGCUUGCGGUCCUUGGAGCCUGCCUUUGUCAUGGUCCUGGAGGGAGCCCCUGUUCCUGUGCCAAAAUGGCGGCAUCUGCUCAGAAAAGGAUUCUUCAGCUCAAACAAGAGCUGGAACUUUUGCAGAAGAGAAAAGAAGAAGCUUACAUAAUGGCAGAUGCAUUCAGAAUUGCAUUUGAGCAACAAUUAAUGAGGAAAAAUGACCAGGCACUAAGAUUGACACAAAUGGAUAAAAUGUGUAAAAAAGAAACAAAGUGGAUAAAUUCGAAGCACCUUAAAGAGGAUGGAUCACUAUCACAAAGGACUAAGAAGACCCUAGGGCAGAAACUGUUGGGUAUGCUCCCUGCAGAAAAUAGUUCUAAGAAGACUGAAGACCAGGAUAACCCUCAGGAAAUCUUUAAGAUGCUAAUAGAUUUGCUGAAUGAUAAAGAAGAAGCUUUGGCUCAUCAGAGAAAAGUUAGCUACAUGCUUGCUCGGGCACUGGAAGACAAAGACAUAGGCUCAAGAGAGAAUAAAGAAAAAAAUCCCAUGAAGGACAAUUUUUCAUUAAAACACCCCAAGCAGAAAACGUCAGAAUUCUCUGUUUUGCAUGAUCCUGUACAUUCAAGUGUUCACAUUUUUAAUUCUGUGGGCUGUGUUUGUUCAAUCCAGCACCUUCAUACAGAUCAAAACUAUAGAAGAACUCUGAAAAGAUCUCAUUCUUUGCCACGAAAUAUCAUCUUUUGAAGAUAAACCAGUUGAAAUUAGAACUGAGAACUGUUUGUCAAGAGACUUUGAAAAAGGAUUGUGUAAACAUUGCCACAUCUUCAGAAAUUGUAUGUUUUCCGGGUAUUUCUAAAUUUUAGGAGGCAGCUUAAAUACUCAAAUGUUUUCUAUAAGAAAUUUAUUAGUAUUCUGUGAUGACAUAUUUAUAAAUUACAUUACUAUAUUUUAUAAAAUCUUCAUUAUUUGCCAACUUCUUAAAAACAAAUAUUAUUUUGAGAAAAGCAAAACAUUACUUAACUAUUUAGAAUGACUAUGGGGAUCUUUGACCGGCUCAAGCAAGAAUAUAAUGUAAAUUAAUGCUCUAAGAAAUGACAACAAUGCCUAGGAGUGAUGGCAUGUUAAUUUGUGAAAUACAUUUAUCAUGUUUUAUUUGUGUGUGUUUUCAGGAUUUUUCAUUUGCCACAUAACAUUUUUAUAAAAUUUCCUUAAGUUAAUCUCAAUUAAAAGUUUUUAUGGUGGAACUUUGGCAGAAGUAUAUUCAAAGUCACAGCUAGUAACCUUCCUAGUUUUUUUUGUUGAUGUAAUGACAUUCUAUAGCCAAAUCUACCAGAAUUCUGGUAUUCAGACCAGUCUGAAUUAACUUCUUGGUUUUGAUGCUAAAUUUUAGGCCACUUAAUUUUCUAUUUCUAUACAUAUUACAUAGUAAUAAUCUUUAAUAACUUUUGGGAAUGUUGCUAUAUUAGUAGCAUCACAAUUAUGUCAAAGGAAAUGUAUUACAUUACCAGCAAUUAUAAUAAAAUUUAUCUCAUUAUGAUCUCCAGUGAAAAGA